AAUUAAAAAGCGUCGUCGCACGAGCAAAGCCCUCGUCUCUCUCGCCGUUGUGGUGACGCACACACAGAAAGGUGGGGAGGACGGGACGACCCCUGAGAGAGAAAGCCAGGGGAGAAGGAGGGCCGCGGGCGAGCUUCGAUUGAGCGCACCCUGUUUCUUGCAGGAUGGCCACGCCUCCAUCACCCAACCACGCCUUCUCGAUCUCGCCCCCAAUCGUCAAGACCGCUCGCAAGCUCCCCGUCAAGCGCAAGGCCCCCUCCUCUCAAUCCCAACACACCCCCACAACCCCUCAAGCCGAUGAUCCCCACCACCCCUUGGCCAUCCUCACGCAUCCCCCUCUACCGGCUGCCCACCAUGACGAUGAAGACGAAGACGACGACGAUCUGCCCUCUUCUCCUGACCACGGUGGCGCCGAUGGCAGGUCUUCUUACAGGUACAACCGUCUGUGGUCGGAGCCGGACGAGAUCAGGUUCCUGCGCGCCCUCCUCCAGAGCCGCUCCGAUGGGUACCGUUUCCCCAGGGACAUGCCCCGCUUCUAUGAUCGCUUUCGCGCCUCCAUGUCCCGCUCCUACACCCGCACCCAGUUCUCCGAGAAGCUCCGCCGUCUGAGGAAGAAGUUCCGGCACGUCUCCGCACGCGUCCGACGCCGCGGGGCUGCCAUCGCCCUCAAGACCCCGCACGAGAAGGUCGUUUACGAACUCUCCCUCCGGCUCUGGGGCUCCGACAAUCCCAACGCCUUGGAUGAGGGCGACCAGACGCCUGGUGACGCUCCUGCACCUGCUGCUGCCGUUGAAGCCUCUGUGCGCCCCGCUUCCGGUCCUGCGCAAGAGACGGUCGUUAUAAUCCGCCACGAGCCGGCGUCCGCUCCUCCUUCCCUUCCCUCUCCUCCUCCUUCGAAGACGGCGACUUCUCCCCUUGUGCGCCCUAAGCAGGAGGUGCUUGAUCCUGACCAGAGUGUUGGCAAAAGCGAGGCAGAUGAGGAGCUCGGCCGGAUCACCGCGCGGACGGUUGUCGGUGUGUUGGAUGAGUCGAUCAAGGAUAUCCGGACGGUCCUGGUCGGCCGCGCCGAGCGCAACGGCGGAAGGGGCGGCAGGGGCAGGAAGCGCAACAUUAAGAAGGAGUGGGGGAGGCAGCAGGUUGCUGAGUUUGACGUCCUGUCCCAGCGGCUAAAGCUUGUCUUGGAGACGGCGGUCUCCAACCUGAGGAACUCAAGAGGAUCCACUGGCACUCGCUGAUGAGGAUGCUGGGGUCGAGCAUCUGAACGGGAUCAUUAGCGCGCGAAUGAUAACCGUUACGCGUAUCCCUCAAUAAUGGUAAACGGCUUGCCUUUGAUCAAAUUCUUCCAGCUGGACGGAGCACUCAAGGUGGCACUUUUUAGUUUCAAAGGAUAUAUCGUAGUGAAUCUCGCGUGAGCAGCGGGUGUAGUAUAUGACACACAUCUUCGCGUGAUAAAAUGGGAAUGUGGUGCUAAAAUAUCAGAUUCAACCUCAUCAAACGACCUUCCACUAAUUUUCUCCAUGUAAGGAAGGGCAUAAUCUGCAUGCCUUUCCCAUUUGAAACUGCAGCAAACAGUAUUUCUAUGUGGAGAGGGCAACAUCACUAAGUUUAUUGUUAGUAAAAUAGAAGUAAGAUGAGGGUUUCAAUGAUGAGA